AUGAAGAAGCUGCUUGUAAUUCUCCUGUGCGUGGCUGUUGUCCAAGGGGUGAUACGAAUACCUCUGAAGAGACAAAAGUCAUUGAAAAAAACCCUCAAGGAAAAAGGACGUCUCUCUAAAGUAUGGACAAGGCAGGGACUUGAAUUACUGGAGUCAUGUACAUCCCCUGAGACUGCCAAUGAGCCCCUUUUAAAUUAUUUUGAUGUGGAAUACUUUGGACAGAUCUCUAUUGGAUCACCACCUCAGGUGUUUAAUGUGAUCUUUGAUACCGGCUCAUCCAACUUGUGGGUUCCAUCUGUAUACUGCACAAGCCAAGCAUGCCUUUCACACUCUAGGUUCCAGCCCACAAAGUCUUCUACCUAUAAGACAGAUGGUCAACCUUUCUUCAUCCAAUAUGGAACAGGCAAUUUAACAGGCUUAUUAGGAAUUGAUCAAGUUACUGUUCAGGGUAUAAUUGUACAGAAUCAGAUUUUUGCAGAAAGUGUGUCUGAGCCUGGGAGCACUUUCCAAGAUGCAAAUUUUGAUGGAAUAUUGGGGUUGGCAUACCCUAACCUUGCUGUGGAUGGCUGCACACCGGUGUUUGAUAAUAUGAUUGCACAGAAUUUAGUGGAAGAGCCUGUGUUUGGUGUCUACAUGAGCAGGGACCCUAACUCUUCAGAAGGUGGAGAACUUGUUCUUGGAGGCUAUGAUGCAUUACGUUUCUCAGGUCAGCUGAACUGGGCACCAGUUACUGUACAGGGAUACUGGCAAAUCCAAGUUGAUAGCAUUCUGGUAGACGGAGAAGUGGCAUUUUGCAGUGAAGGAUGCCAGGCCAUUGUAGAUACUGGGACUUCUAUGCUCACAGGACCAACAGCUGAUAUUCAGCAGUUGCAACAGUACAUUGGAGCUACUGAAACAGAUGGAGAAUAUGGUGUGAGUUGCAGUAGCCUGAGCACCAUGCCCACUGUAACUUUUGUAAUCAAUGGUGUUAACUUCGACCUAUCACCUCAACAGUAUACACUUCCGAAUGGAGAAGACUACUGUAGUAGUGGCUUCCAAGGAAUGGACAUUGCUCCCCCUUCAGGACCGCUCUGGAUUCUGGGAGAUGUCUUCAUUGGCCAGUUUUAUGCUGUGUUUGAUCGGGGUUACAACAGAGUGGGACUUGCUCCAGUAGUUCCAUAUGCAUCUGCAACAAAUGGGGUAUAAUGUAUAAUGUAUUAUAGGAGUUUUUAUGACAGUUUUAUUUAGCUCAUUUAGAUGCAAUGCAAUCUCCUACAUCCUAAUGUAAAGAUGAUAAUAUAAAUUUAUAAUAUGAAUUCAUGUAAAAUGAAUAAUAUUUAAUCUGUUGGUUAUUGAUAGUUAUUUCUAAUAACUUUAAAAAUAAAUGUUCUACUAUCCACUACAUAAAUAUGUAAUUAUAUAAUUCAAUCCUGGCACCAAUAGGUAGAGUUUAGAAGUUUACAGUAUACAGUUUAAUAAUCUAGUAGAAAAGUAUAGGCUACUAAGCUCUCCUGGUGGUGAAUUUCUAUAUUGUGUAUGCAGAGGAUUUGGUGCUCUCUAUUAGAAAAAAUUAGCUCUGAUUUCUAUCAAGAUAUAAUAUGAAAUUCAAGGGUAUCACCUAUCCACACGAUAGACGAUAUCUAGCUGAUCUGUGGGGAACCUGGCCGGUUGGAUCAUGAGAACGGCUCAGCUGACAUCUUUCUUAUAUGUAUUUGCCGGCUUUAGCCAAUGAUUUACAAUGUGUAUUUCCUUACAAUAUACUGUAGUUUCAUUGUCCAUUGUUUGUUCUGUUAUACAUGCUCAUACAUAGAACUUUUCAUAAGACUCACUUUAACAUUGUUCUGCGUCGUGUAUCUUCUGCAAUACACACAACUUUUCUCCUGAAAGUUUCCUACAAUACACAAACAUUCUUCUACACUUCUCUUUUUAACAUUAUAUUUUCUUGAUCUCACUUCAGAGUCUUUUUUUAAAAGUGAAAUUUGACUAAAUCUUCUUGUAUAUGUAAAAACAGUUUGACAAUUUUUUUAAGCAGAUCACUAGAAUAUAAAGAUUUUUGUAUGU